GUUUGAUCUUACAAAAUAUUGCUUUGUUUUCUCAGAUAUUCCAACAUGGUUCGUAUUGUCCCUAAGAAAGAUGCCCCAGGGGUGGAUUUUUGUGGUGUUGACGAUUAUGUAUACAUUGUCCGAUCUGACCUUGGCUGCUAUUUGCGUUCAACAAACUUCAACAAAGGUGAAGAUAUAAAUAUAUACAGUCUACAUCCCUCCUGUAGAAAUGGAGACCAUUACCUGGCCCAUGAAGAUGACCUAUUCUAUAUCAUAAAGGGCACUAGUUAUCGCCGUGUGACCAACAUGAAUACAGAUGAAGGUGCUGUAGUCUAUACGAUGCAUCCCAAGUUUCAGGGUGGCGACCACUAUCUGUCUGCCUUUGGUAACUUCUAUGCAAUCUACCAGAGCCGAGGGGUUUAUUGUAAAACCAAAAACAUGAAUACAUUUGAAGAUGGCAUUGAAUAUUCUCUGCAUGCAAACUGCAAAAACGGGAUUUAUUAUUUUGGUAUAAAAAAAUUCUACUACUUUGUAAAGCCCACUGAUGAGUGGGGUAUGCAGUACUUCAGAUGCACCAACUUCAAUACUAAUGAGAAUGCUGAAACAUUUUCAUUACAUCCAUCUAUAGUUAACUUCAUACCUGGAGGCUUAGCUAUGACUCACGGUUCAUCAUAUGGUGUCUGGGAGUGCAUCAAAACCAUCAGUAAUGACUCGCAGACACCAGUUACCUGGACAAAGAAGGUCAGCAAGAAGGUUGGAUAUGAUUAUGAGAAGAUGUCCUCUGUGGAAACCAACUGGAAUGUGUCUUCUACAGUUUCUGCUGAAACUUGUGGUCUAUCAGCUCUGAUUACAAAGUGUCAGGUGUCCUACACCGCUGAGUUUGGGGGAUCCAGUGUCAACACAGAUCGAGAAAAUUGGAGCAAGGCCACGGUAGUUGAGGAAUCCAUUACCACCACCCUGGAUCCCGGGAAAAAGCUGUAUAUUUGGCAAUACCAGCUAGGCUUAGGUAAAGUACCUGUGCUGUUCUGCAAAGAUAUGAAGUUUGAUGAUGACCCAACUCCACCCACCGAAAUCCCUCUUCCCCCAGCAAAAUAAAAACACUAAUCUCUUCAAAAUAACAGAUCAUUAGCGAUUUUGUUUUCCUCUGGAGCUUGAAUUAAGUCACAAUAUACAUAUAUUCUCAUCAAGGUAAUUUAAAAAAAUAUGCAGGUGCUUAGUGUAGGCCUUAAAUUGUGCUGUGUUUAGGGAGUUAAAACUUCUACAGAAGUUGUGUGUCCCAAUGCAGUAUCGGUAAUAUUAUGUAAUCUUCACAUUUGAUUGAGCAGAGGAUGGUAGUAGAAUAGAAUGCAUCGAAUAUAUAGGGUGUAUAACAUGUGUGGAGUUAUCUCAUGAUCACAGUAUAUAGACUUGUUUGGAUACAAUUAAAAAGAGCAUACAAAGAUGUAAACAUUCAUUUGAUUGUUGGCUUGUUGUUUUGUAUAUUCUACUAUGGCUCGAGUGAAUCUAUCCUUUUAUAAAUAAAUAAGCUUACACUC